AUGUCGACAUGUAAAUUGGCAGUUAGAGCUGCUGGGCUUCAUGUUUGCGGCACUGGUUUAAUCAGAUCGCUUGGGCAGACGUUGGAACGACGCUCCCGAGCUUUUUCUGUGCACACACGCACAGGGAUGGAUUGUGGGGGCCCAGCCGGAGACCGUGUAGGACCGUCAGAGGUGGAGGUAUCGCUCAACUUUUUGCAUGUCGAAGCGGCAGCAAUCCAAGGUGCUCGGAAGAGACGUCAAUCGGAGGACACUAUUGACCUGCCCAUUCGACAGGUUGAUAGCGAGUCGGGAUUGGUGGAUACCAGGUUAAUCCCCUCUGCUUUGGGAGCUUAUAUGGGCGUAUUAGCCAAAUAUCUCGGGUAUCCACGCCUGUUUGUCUGUGUGCUCGUGCCAAUCUGUGUACCUAGUGCCGGGCUCUUGAUCCUGAGCCAGAAUGGCAGACGGGCAGUCAUGUCGUCGAGUAGAGGCGAUACAGACGACGAGCUGGGCAAUGCUUGCAGUCGUUAG